UAGUGUCAGGGUCAGCAUGCUCCGGGUUCUGGUCCGGAGGUUCCGGCCGGUGUCUGCCGGGUCCUUCAGGUCCUUCAGCGGCCUGCAGGUCCGGACCCGCUUCCUGGAUUUCUUCCAGAACCAGGACCACGUGCUGGUCCCGUCCAGUCCGGUCCGGCCGCGCGGAGACCCGAGUCUGCUGUUUGUUAACGCGGGAAUGAACCAGUUUAAGCCGGUGCUGCUGGGGACCGUGGACCCCCGCAGUGAGAUGUCGAGGCUCCGGCGGGUCGUUAACAGUCAGAAAUGUGUUCGAGCUGGCGGGAAACACAACGACCUGGACGACGUCGGCAGAGACCUCAACCACCACACCUUCUUUGAGAUGCUCGGCAGCUGGUCCUUCGGGGACUACUUCAAGGAGGAGGCGUGCCGCAUGGCCUGGACUCUCCUCACAGAGCAUUAUGGGAUACCUGCUGACAGACUGUAUGUCUCUUAUUUUGGCGGGGAGGAAGUGCUGGGCCUACCAGCUGAUGAGGAGACAAGGCAGGUCUGGCUGGAUGUGGGGGUCCCCCCCCACCGCCUGCUCCCGUUCGGACUGAAGGAGAACUUCUGGGAGAUGGGGGACGCCGGUCCCUGUGGACCCUGCACAGAGAUCCACUACGACCAGGUGGGGGGGCGACCCGCCUCGCACCUGGUGAACGGGGACGAUCCGGAUCUGGUGGAGCUCUGGAACCUGGUCUUCAUGCAGUACAACAGGGAGGCGGACCACAGUCUGCGGCUGCUGCCCAGCUUCAGUGUGGAUACUGGGAUGGGACUGGAGAGACUGGUCAGCGUCCUGCAGGGAAAAACAUCCAACUAUGAUACUGACCUGUUCACACCUCUGCUGGAGGCCAUCCACCAGAGGUCUGGCGUGCGGCCGUACGGCGGCAGGACGGGCGCAGCAGACGAGGGGCGGGUGGACAUGGCGUACCGCGUGGUGGCCGACCACAUCCGCACGCUGACGGUCUGCAUCGCUGACGGAGUUCAUCCCGGCAUGUCGGGGGCAGAGUUGGUGUUACGGAGGAUCCUGAGGCGGGCCGUCCGGUUCUGUGCUGAGGUCCUUCAGCUCCCCCAGGGGGCGCUGGCAGACCUGGUCCCCACCGUCACCCACAGCCUGGGAGACGUGUAUCCGGAGCUCCACAGGGAGGCAGACCGAGUAGCUGACAUCAUCAACGAGAACGAGGCUCACUUCCUGUCAUCACUGCAGCGCGGCAGCCGGCUGAUCCUCCGCACGCUCCGAAACAUGGACUACAAACAUGGCUCCAUGGACUACAAACAUGGCGUCUUAUUCCCUACCUCGGUGGUCUGGUCUCUGCACAGGGACCUGGGUUUCCCUCUGGACCUGGUGGACCUGAUGUUGGAGGAGAAGGGGGUCCAGCUGGACCGCCAGGAACUGGACCGCCUGAUCUCCGAGAACCAGAAGCAGGUGGUCUCUGAGCAGCAGGAUCAGGACCCGUCAGUGAGUCUGGAUGUUGGGAGUCUGUCGGAGCUGCAAAGACUCAGAAUCCCUUUAACAGCUGAGGACAGGAAGUACCGGUACCAUCUGGAUCAGGACCGCUACGUGUUCCCAGAAUGCCGUGCGGUGGUGCUGGCGCUGUAUGACGGUCAGUCUCUGGUUUCGGAGGUGAUGGGGGGUCAGCGGUGCGGAGUGGUCCUGGACCAGACCUGCUUCUAUGCUGAGCAGGGGGGGCAGUCACAUGACCGGGGCUACUUCACCCGGGACGGACUGCAGGACGUCCCCUUCCCCGUGGAGGCCGUGGUCCUGGCGGGGGGGUACGUGGUCCAUCAGGUGACCGCACCUGACACCCUGAAGACCGGAGACCAGGUCCAGCUGCACCUGGACCAGGUCUUCAGGUGGUCCUGUAUGGUGAAGCACACAGCGACUCACAUCCUGAACUUCGCUCUGAAGACGGUUCUGGGUCCAUCGGUCCAGCAGAGAGGUUCCCAUGUGUCAGCUGAUCGUCUCCGCUUCGACUUCAGUGUGAAGGGCUCUCUGAGCGUGUCUCAGCUGCAGCAGGUGGAGAGCUGCGUGAACAGCAUGAUCUCAGCCAAUCACGCGGUCUACAGCCAGGAGCUCCCCCUGCAGACCGCCAGGAGCAUCGCGGGCCUGAGGACCGUCGACGAGGUGUAUCCUGACCCGGUCCGGGUGGUGUCGGUGGCGGUUCCGGUCUCUGAGCUGCUGGACGGCCGGACGGACAAACAGACAUCUGUGGAGCUCUGCUGUGGAACCCACCUGCUGCAGACCGGCGCCAUCGAGGAUCUGGUGAUCGUGUCAGAGAGACAGCUGGUCAGAGGGAUCAGCCGGGUCGUCGCGGUAACGGGACGCGACGCCACCCGGGCUCGGGAGGCGGGUCAGCUGUUGUCACAGGAAGUGGACUCUCUGGCGGUCAGAAUAGCAGACUCCGCCCCUUCCUGCCUGGACUCCGCCCACUGCCUCGCUAAGGAAGUGGGCGUGGUCUCUGAUGCUGUAGAUAACACAGCGGUUCCUCAGUGGCAGCGCAGGGAGCUUCAGACCCGGCUGAAGACUCUGCAGAGGAGCAGCAACACGGCCGUCAGGAAGUUGGAGAGUCGAGAGGCUGCAGCGAGAGCUCAGACUCUGCUGGAGACACACGGCAAGAAGCAGCUGCUGGUGGACUCAGUGGAGACGGACUCUGAGUCGGUGGUGAUGAAGACGGUUAAUCAGCUGAGCUCGGUUUCACCUCAGAGUCAUGUGAUGCUGCUCGCUCACCAGCGGCAUUCUGGGAAGGUUCUGUGUGCCUGUCAGGUCUCCAAGGGCUCGUCUCUCCUGGCCUCCGAUUGGGCGGUAGCGGUGUGCCGGCACCUGGGGGGCAGUGGGGGGGGCUCGGCGCUGGUUGCCAGGGGAACGGGGAGUAGCAGUGACAUCACAGAGGCGCUGAAGUGGGCGGAGGAGUUCGCUCGCCAAAAAACAGGACGAUGAUGUCACACCUGAGCCUGCUGUAAGCCCCGCCCACAGCUGCAGACGGGACGCUCUGAUUGGCCGAAAGGUUCAGG